AUGACGAAGAAUAACUUGGCUGUUCAUCUCAAAUGGCUGAAAACCCAAGGGAAGCCCACGUACCCUCAACUGGCGCAAUCUAGCCCGCGACGCGACAAUCACGCCCCGCAACACCCUCCCGUCGAGCCCGUUUCGACCCUGCACGAUAUCCCGGAAGACGUGGAGAAUGAGACGGAUGAAGAGAUGGCACGAUUGCUCUUUGCGCCUCAAUCGGCGAGCAAGCCUCGGAUGUUGAGUCGGCCUGAUGUCGUCCCCGCCGGUACACCAUCGACCUUGAGGAAACAAAGCGCGUCAACACAGUCUAGCGUGAUACGAGCGUCAUCGUCUAAGCCCACCAAACCAAAAUCAACACCGUUACGAACAGACAAACCCAAGCCUCCUGCGUACGAUGACAUUGAAUCGAUUGACUUGACAGGCGGUCUUGAUCGGUCUCUGUUGUCUUCUGGAUCUAUCCAAGCUGGCGGGCCACGCGGUCCGUGGCCAGACCAGAGCACGCCGUGUGAAGCGAUCAAAGAGAAGCGCGGCAAAAAACGCAAAAGUGAUGAAUAUACGUCUGAUCUACUUUCGCCUUCGAAACAUGCGACUAAAGUGCGAACCCUACCCGGGGCAUCCAGGGCUCUGGUGAUGGAGAAUAAGGCGUCGAACGAGCUGGCAACGCCACAUCAGACAAGCCAGAUGAACGCCCAAAGCGUUAUGAAACGACCCGGACACAGUCCAUACGCGCAUGGAAGCGAUCGCAAACAAGUCAUCGCCGACUCCGACGAUGAUGAGAGCAUUUUUGAUGACUGGAUAGACAAUGACGACCAAGAUAACGUGAUGUUGGAUGUCGAGGAAAGCCUAUACCCAAUACUGCCUGAAAUGAGUCCAGCGAGUGAUGAGAAAACCGAGAACAAACCCGACACCAAGCCGCCGCGGAUUGAAAGUUUUACGCCCAAAGCGCCUCUGCCAUCUGCGCAACCAUCGACUCAGAUCAAAGGGAGGGUGGAUGCACAAGAUUCAAUUCCAUCAACCCCAUGGUCGAAACCAUCGGGAUCACAGGAAAAGGAUCCGGCCGUCAUGGAAUUCUUGGGCCUUGGGAACAAGGCAUUUGGGCACUCAAUCGCCAAAUUGAGGGCGACUUUGGAGAAGAAUGCCGAAAUCGUUUACCAACAGGCAAUGGAGGGUCAGCCUGUCCCCGAAUUGAUUGCCGCAAACAAGAACCUGGUCUCUCAGAUUGAGGCAGUCAACUUGUUGCAAAAGCAGCAAAAAGCCCAUGUUGACUGCCUUUCACGCAAGCAAAAGCUCAAGCAGAACCUGAUGCGUGUGAUCUCACAAGGUCUCGAUCCGACAAGUAUGCCAGAGCUUGCACAGAGUCGAGCCGUUGAGAUGGAAUUGGAGCAAAUCGAACAAAACAUCUCCAAGCUCCUUUGUAAGGUUAACAUUCUCGAGCUCGCUCAUGACUGCCCCGCCGAGUCUCGUCCCAUAGAGCGUACAGAGCCAACUGUCUCAAAAAACCCCUUCACUCGCGAAACGAUCCCCGCCUCAUCUUCCCGAACAAAUAUCAAAACUGAGAAGGAUCAUUCUCAACGCUCGGCUUUCAUCAGCCCCCCAAAGACGAAACAACCAAGUCAGUGGAAUGGCAGCGCAAACCACGUCGCCCGAAAUAUGGGCUCUCCGCAGCUCAAUUCGAUGGAUAUCGACGACCGGGAGCUUCAGUGGUGCUGA